GAUGUUUUCCACAGCUGGGAAGCGUUGUUUUACGAUUGAAUCUUUAGUAGCAAAGGAUAGUCCGAUGACUGCCGACGAGCCCAUCCGGCCAACAGCGCUCAGCUACACCUCAACACCGACCGACAGCUUCAUGGGCGGCUAUCAACCCCCAACGAGCCGGUCUCUCUACCCGAAUCCGGAGCUGGUGUUCCCGGAGACCGUCAGCCAUCCGUCUCUCACCGUGCACCCGCACCAGCUUGGCAGCGCACACCUACAACACCCGCACUUCUUUAGCACGCAGCACCGUGAACCACUCAACUUCUAUCCGUGGGUCUUACGCAACAGAUUCUUUGGUCACAGAUUCCAAGGAAACGACGUUUCCCAAGACGCCCUCCUCCUGCACGGGCCGUUUGCUCGGAAGCCCAAGCGCAUUCGGACGGCAUUCUCUCCGUCACAGCUCCUGCGUCUCGAACGAGCUUUCGAGAAGAACCACUACGUGGUGGGAGCAGAGCGAAAGCAGCUCGCCAACACUUUGAGCCUGUCAGAAACACAGGUGAAGGUGUGGUUCCAGAACCGUCGGACAAAGUACAAGCGCCAGAAGCUGGAGGAGGAGGGACCCGACAGCGGCGGGAGGAAGAAGGGCAACCAUCACAUCAACCGCUGGCGUCUCGCCACCAAACAGAACCCAAAUGAGGACAUAGAUGUCACAUCCGACUCCUAAAUCCCCCCCCCCCCACCCCCUCCAUGUAGAUGCCCCAUCAAAUCCCACCCCAACACCAAGCCCUAUUUAUUAUGUUCAAAUUAAUAGUGAUCGGUUAUGUUUCGUGUGGACUGGAGGACUGUGUGUGCG